AUGGAGUUUGAAAAGAUGUAUUUUGAUGUUGAGCCAAGCUACAUUAUUGAUCAUCAUUGUUGUAGCUUGGAAACUGCAUUACCUUUCCAGAACAACCAUUUGUCUUUCCAAGAUUAUGUUUCCAAUGAUAUUGUUAGCACCGAAAACUUUCUUGAAAUGGAAACAGAUAUCAAGGAUUUCGAUUCCAUAGCUAAAAAUUGUGCUUUAGACCACGAAAACGUGGUACACAAAAGAUUGUUGCCCUGUCAAGAAAUCCAAGAAACUAUGGAUAUUUUGGCUGCUGAGCAAUCCCAUUUGAAGGAUAUUCAAGAUGAACUCAUGGAAGAGAGCAGCUUAACUGAUCUGCUGCUGAUGGGGGCAGAAGCUAUUGAAGCAGGAAAUGUUCGUUUUGCUUCAUUAGUUGCACUAAGGCUCAAGGAUAUCCUAUCUGAUCAAGAAAAUGGUGACAAUCCAAUGGAUAGGUUAGCUUUAUAUUUCACUCAGGGCCUUCUUGACAAGAGCCUCGCUCCUCCUGAGCUUCCGGAGGACCCCGUUUCGCAACAAACCAAUGCUAUCACAGCCUUCCAAAUGGUGCAGGAGCUGUCACCAUAUGUGAAGUUCGCGCAUUUCACAGCCAACCAGGCAAUCCUGGAGGCAGCCGAAGGUCUUCAGGAGAUUCAUGUUAUUGAUUUUGACGUCAUGGAAGGAAUUCAAUGGCCUUCUUUGAUGGUUGACCUUGCUGCUAGAGAAGAUGCGUCUCUUAGGAUAACAGCUAUUGUUGGCGACAAAAGAAGUUCAUGUAAUAUUCAACAAACAGGUUUUAGGUUACAAGAUUUCGCAAAUUCAAUCAAUCUUUCUUUCUCCUUUGACCAAGUUCUGGUAACAAAAGAAGAAGAUUUCGAAGAGAUCAAAGUAGGGCAUACCCUGAUAGCUAAUUGUAUGAUUAAUCAGCUUCACAUGCCUUGUAGAGAAAGCUCAUUGGUCAAAACAUUUUUCAACGGUUUGAGGAAACUGUCCCCAAAGAUAUUGGUUUUAGUCCAAGAAGAGUUAUUCAGCUUCUCUAAAGCUCCAUCUACAUCAUUUGCGGAGUUCUUUUGUGAGGCCUUAGAUCAUUACACAGCACUCUCUGAUUCACUCCGGAGUGGUUUUUGUGGAGGUUACAAAUUAGCAUUAAAGAUCAUAGAGAGGGAGUUCUUGAGAAAGAGAAUUUUGGAUAGUGUGAAACAUUUUCCUUGUGGGAUCAUGGGAAAUGAAAGUAACAUGUUGCCAGAUUAUCCUUCUAUGAAUGGAUUCAGGCCAAUUCCCAUGAGUUCCUGUAACGUUACUCAAGCAAAGCAUUUAAUCAGUUUGUUUAAUGGGGGUUACUGGGUGCAAAAUGAACACUGCAAGUUAACAUUAUGUUGGAAAUCAAGACCUUUGACCACAGCUUCCAUUUGGGUGCCGACAGCAUCAAGCAAGACUAGUCUUGCUAGGUCAACUUAUUUUUAA